AUGGGGGAGGAGAAGGCAUUCAGCUCCCAGCUCCACAUUAUCCUCGAUCUCGGGAUGACAGGCAUUUCUGUCUCUUAUAUCAACGCCACCACCAAAUCUGAGCGAUUUCUAGUAACCAAUAUUACUUCUUGGCCAUGCGAGUUUCGCAAACAAUCGGAUGUGAUAAAGUCUGACGGCAAUGCCCCUCUUGACAAGUUCCCAGCGUGCAGGACCAAGUUGGGGGGACAUGUCUGGUACGGUUACGAUAGUCUCGACAAGCUUGACGAAGGCCAUGUUCGGGAAGGCGAAUUUCGCGAAGGCUUCAAGACGACUUGUCUAACCGAUUGUGGGCCUGAAAUGGGUGACAUCAACCAGUGGCGCAAAGACUACCAAGACUUGAUCGCCCACGUUCUUGGGUAUGUUCUGGUGGUGAUACUAGGCAACGAGGAAGUUUACGAUGCCAGCAAUCCUUCGAUCACAAUCCACUUGACAAAGCCGUCUUCCUGGGACCAGGAUCCGGAAGCAAAAAGCAAUCAAUACAAACUCGUCCACAAUGCUGCUGUGCAAUGUGGGAUCAAGCCUAGCUUGCUGACCGUUCAUCAAUCACCGGAGUUGGACGAGGGGCAAUGCUCCGCUAUCGCAAUCGCCCAUGAGGCGUCAGAAAAGCUCGUUCCAGGAAGUUAUUACUUAAUCCUUGAUCUUGGAGGAUACACGGCUGAUUUUUGCAUUGUCCAAAUUGGCGCCGGCAACCAGGUGGACCUUAUCACUUCUAUAUCCAAGAAUGUCGGCACCAAUCUUAUCGAUGCCGCACUGGCCAAACUUUUGCUUGAGAGAGCAGAAUCUGAAUCCCCUUCAUCAACGCCACAUGAACAACUGUUCAACCCUUACCUUUCACAGCUCGAUACAUAUCUACGACAGGCUCUGAAUCCGAAACAGCCCAUCAAUGUCUUCUUUGAAAAGGUAUACUUAACAGGAGGAGGAGCAGGGAUUGAGAGAGUCGCGGACUGUAUCGAGACAACACUGCAUCAUAAAGGUCUUCGGUCCACAAUGAACAGCUUACAAUCACACGUCCAAGAAAAGCUGAAAGACAAGAGGAACCAUUGGAUCAAAUGCGAUCCAUUGGUCAUAGGCUACCAGAAAUCAAUGAUUCAUCCAGAAAUCCAAUGGUUGGAUGGGGUCAAUAGACUAUCCGAAGAUGUGGACUGCAACGAUCCGUCCAGAAAGCUACCAAAAGACACCUAUUGUAUCGCGAAGUUGGAAGAUAAGAGAACAUCGCUUCAAAACUUCGAACAAUAUACCGUCAGCCCUCGGCAAGAAAACAAAUAUCUCAUUAUAUUUUCUUCUCGAUCAAGAGCAGCGCCUUAUAGUAUGGUGCCAAAGUAA